UCAUAUUGUCCCGCGUCCACACUGUCUCCACUUCCCAACUAAAAAACCUCACUCCACGCUUUCAAGCCCCCAAACCUCCUCCAACAGCAGAUCAAACCACAACAAAAACCAAGGAAGAAAAAGAAGAUCGAGAUGGGAAUAGUUGAAGAAGCUCACAACAUCAAGAUCUUAGGCUCAAGCGAUCAUCAAACAAUCGUCCUCGCUCAUGGCUUCGGCACCGAUCAAUCGGUCUGGAAACACCUCGUCCCUCAUCUCGUCGACGAUUACCGAGUCAUCCUCUUCGAUAAUAUGGGCGCUGGAACAACCAACCCUGAAUACUUCGAUUUCGAUCGCUACUCUACUCUCGAAGGCUAUGCCUACGAUGUGCUCGCUAUUUUGGAAGAGCUUCGAGUCCAAUCCUGCAUUUUUGUUGGCCACUCUGUCUCCGCCAUUAUUGGCGCUAUUGCUUCUAUUACUCGUCCUGACCUUUUCGCCAAAAUCAUCAUGAUCUCUGCUUCUCCAAGGUAAUAAUUUCAGCUCUCUCAAU